GCCCGGGUAAUUUUUGUGAUAACAGUCCACCUCUCUCACCCUGUACUGUAAUGCGUCAUGUCCGGCCAAUGCAGUAUUUAUGAAGAAGUAGCGACUCAGCUUGUUGGGCUAAUACAAAAAGAAUGCGCUGCUUGUGUAAUCCAGGAGAAGAAUGGUGGAGAUGUUUCUGUUUUCGUCAAGGGCUUAUUACUGGGUCAACUAAGCGUCAUAAUCGUAAUUGCGUUUGUGUUGCGGUAUAUGUUUUUAGAGGACGUUCACCAGGGCAAAAAGCAAUUAUCUCGCCUAUCGCCUGCAGCAAAAAGCCAGACAAAUAUGAAACGCGUGCCUUCGUCAACAGCAGCUAAUAUUCUCGACAAGACAUUUUAUGACCUUCUACAUCACCCACCGGAAAGCACUGACUGGCUUAAUGUACUUCUGGCACAAACCAUGUCACAAUACCGUGAUGAUGCGCAGCUAAAUGAUCGUCUAAUAUUGGCCAUCGACGAGGUGCUCAAUGGCGGAGUCCGACCUGGUUUCUUUGGCCCAAUCCAUGUGACUGAAUUGUCCCUAGGAGACGAGUUCCCGAUUUUUAGUAACGCUCGCAUUCGUCCGUCCGAUGACAUUGGCUCUAUGAGGGCAGAAAUAGAUUUCGAAUUUUCGGACCAGUUAUCUGUAGGGAUUGAAACGCAAUUGAUAUUGAAUUGGCCAAAGGUCGACUUUGCAGCACUACCUAUCUCGCUCUUGCUCUCUGUUGUUCGAUUUUCUGGUACUUUGACGAUUGAGCUUAUAAAUCCUCCCGAAAGCUCGACUGGGUCAACCAUCCCCCUGGAUCGAUACGUUGCUAUAUCGUCGUAUUCUGAUUUUACGCUUGACUUUGCUGUACGAUCUCUCCUUGGUUCCAGAACGAAACUUGAAGACAUCCCCAAGCUCACUGAUCUCAUUACAAGCAAACUACGGAACGUAUAUAUGGAUAGGCUAGUGUACCCCAAUUUUGUAAAAAUCAAGAUACCCAACAUGUGGGAAGCUCGAGAUCGUAAGACAAGAGAGCAACAACAGGCGUUAGAUGAGAAGCUCUCUGAUCCACCUGAAAGUGGGCUCACUGCAUCUGCAAAGGAAAGAAUAGAAGAAUUUGUUGAGGAUAUUAAAGACGCAUGA